AGCGCCGAAUGCGCCUUCAGUCACAUCUAAACGAGAGCACUGCUGUGCGGUGGCUGAAGUAAGAGUAGAUAACCGUGAGACACAGGUGGACAGAUUUUUCACCGCUGUGCGCCAGCAAUAUUGAAUUGCGUAGUGAAGAUCAGGUAUUAUUCGUAAAUUCCGUUUAGCAGUUCGAUACUCCGUUAGGUAUGCUAUUAGAUUACAUUGUCGUCAUUGGAAAUUCUGAACUCUAGAAAGUAAAGACACUAAGCACGUGUCAUAAUUGCGAUUCAGGAAUAUUGGGACCUGUUUUCACAUCUCAUUAAAAUACCUGUUUUAAAUGCAAAGAAGGAAAAUUGGCUAAAUUACAGUUGCAUGCUUCCAGAUCCACGUGACGGAUGCAGUUAUGAUGGAUACAGACUAUCAUCGAAACUCUUCCUUAUUGUUUGCUUUUUGUUGGUAUCAUCUCUUACAAUGGGACUUAAUGGCUCAGAACUUUCUCGGUGUCUGUUAAAAUAUAAGGCUUUAUUUUACAUUUAAAUGUAAGCCCUAAUCAAACAUAGUUGCCUAUUCCAGGGAUUUUUCAUCUGCUUAACUCUAAAACAGGUGAUCAUAAAAGGCAAGUGCUUGAACAGGAACAUACAAUUUACACAUCUGUAACGUUCGGAAUGGGAAGCUAUUCAGUGCCUUACUGUAAACCUGUUUAUUUAGUUAAGUACUUACAGUGGGCAGGCGCACUUCAGUCUUAGUUAAGAAUGACCUCGUUGUGUGAUGAAUUUAAAGAUACACAUGCCCGAUAUUUUCAGGUGGAAAACUUUCGGGAAGGCUACAUGUUUUAUCUCUGCUUUUCAAACGAACAGGAACAGAUGAAGUAAUGAGAUUUUAAUACGGGGGUUCUGCCGCCAAAGAUGUUUUCGGAAGUGGCCGAUUUCAACUAUAGCUCCAACGCCAGCGAGGAGUAUCCUUAUGCCGUACUGGACCAGGAAUGGACUGACGCACCGGUGGGGAAACUAUCCCGGACGGGGUUCAAUGUGAUGUCUGUGUUUUUGGGAUCUAUUAUGAUAUUUGGUUUUCUGAACAACCUCGUCGUUCUCAUCUUGUUCUGCAAGUUCAAGACAUUGCGAACCCCGGUGAACAUGCUACUUCUCAACAUUAGUGUGAGCGAUAUGCUGGUCUGUCUCUUUGGUACCACGCUCAGCUUCGCCUCAAGUGUUCGGGGAAGAUGGUUAGUCGGGCAAGGUGGUUGCAUGUGGUACGGCUUCAUCAACUCCUGCUUUGGAAUCGUAUCCUUAGUCUCUCUGGCUGUGCUCUCCUACGACCGCUACAGCACCUUAACUGUGUGCAACAAGCGAGCCCCUGACUACCGCAAGCCGCUGCUGGCCGUGGGCGGGUCCUGGCUGUACUCUCUGUUGUGGACAGUGCCCCCGCUGCUGGGCUGGAGUAGUUACGGACUGGAGGGGGCGGGGACCAGCUGUUCGGUCACGUGGACCUCGCAGACACCGCAGUCCCACUCAUACAUCAUCUGCCUGUUCAUCUUUUGCCUGGCCCUGCCCGUGCUGGUCAUGGUGUACUGUUACGGGAGGCUGAUGUACGCGGUCAAACAGGUGGGGAAGAUCCGGAAGACAGCUGCUCGGCGGAGGGAGUACCACAUCCUCUUCAUGGUGAUCACCACCGUGGUGUGUUAUCUACUUUGCUGGAUGCCCUAUGGCGUGGUAGCCUUGAUGGCAACCUUUGGGAGACCGGGCAUCAUCACACCGAUCGCCAGCGUGGUGCCCUCCAUCCUGGCCAAGAGCAGCACCGUCAUUAACCCCUUAAUCUACAUACUCAUGAACAAGCAGUUCUACAGGUGUUUCCUGAUUCUCUUUCACUGCAAGCAGCAGUCACCGGAGAACGGCCUCACCUCCAUGCCCUCCAAGACCACGGUCAUCCAGCUCAACCGCAGGGUCUACAGCAACAACGUGGCCUGCACCGCCCAGCUCUCCCCUGGGAAGAACCAGCUCGACUGCAGCACCCCCGUCACAGAGAGAUCCAACCCCUCAGAAGUCCCUCACUGACAGCCCCACACGUUCCUCCCCCUUCCAGCCCCAUCCCCACCAACAUGUGGCACUUCCUGUUUCCUGUAUGAAAUCUCACUGUGAUUUAUGACAUAGUCUCAUAUCCAGCACCUGUUUUAACUUGCUCGCUUGUUAUUAAGUAUAGGUGUACAUAUGAUCACAUUUUCCAUGUACAAAAAUUCCAAGUUAUGCACACAUACACUGUCUAUAACUCAUUCAUUCAAACUGGCAAAAUCUAGGCCUGCCAUUAAAAGUAUUGAUAUCAAAAUGAUGCCACGUUACUGUACUACAAUAUAGGCUAUCUUGCCUCACCAAAAUUAAAUAAGAUGUAUUCCAAAGCAAUGCUACCCAAUGUUAUAGACAGUGUAUGUCUUGUAUGUGUGCGUAACUUGGCAUUUUUGUAUGUUGAAAGCAUGUUUUUUUAUGAGAUAUCGUUUCUUUUUGCAAAGCGUUUUGUUAUGAGAAAGUGAGAAAUGCGAAGUGACCCUUUAAGAAACGGUUGUUGAUUAUGACUAUCCUUUUGUGAAUUUGUACAGUCUGAUGAGCGUGUACCGUUUAGCAGUUUCGCUUUGCUAUAUAUGUAAAACAGUGGCUGUGACAAAGGGUGCAGAAACGCAGAAACGUAGAGAAACGCAGCUGAAAUAUACCCAGUGUGUGUACUCGCGGAUUUGACGGCCAUCCAACGAGCCUUGAUUGAGAAAAUAAUCAGCAAGCCCGUAGAAUUAGAGCUCCCUAGGUCGCAACUUGUGUACCCUUCUGUCCUGCUCCAUUUUCUGUUAUUUCGUGGAGAUGCAGUUUUAGUGUUUGUAAGGUUCAUAAGGCAUUUUGAUAGGCUUAUGUGCAGGUAGGAGCCCUCUUCGGUGUUUUGCUAAGCAACAUCAGUCAGUUUACGUGAGAACUGGAAGUAGUAAAACCGGAAAACUUGAUAGUGGAGAAUAGGAGCAGACGCAUAUGUCCCAGCAAGCUUUGCAUAUGAUAAAAUAACAAUAGUACGAAAGAAAUUAGGAGAAAUUAUGAAAUUGAGUAGUUGAAACAAUGUUUUUAGCAAAAUGGGCAUGUAGGUGAAGGUUGACAUGAUCACAGACUAUAGUGCGAAGUAAAUGAAGUGACCAUGAGCGAGCUGAGUUUCCUUAUCGAACGGCUAGGAAGUUUCUUGGGUGACAAUAGAAGAGCCCAUUGAAUCCAUAUGGCUUUGCAAUAUUGUAGCCGGUUAACUGAACGUGUAGAUGGUACAUCGUAAUGCAGUGUAUAUACUGUACGUUUGGUGAACGGCGGGUAUAUGUGGUGCAAAAGCAAUAAUUGAGAAGUAGUAGACAAUUAUUAGCGAGGGAAAAAGCAGGUUAAAGAAACUUGUUUCUGAGUGGGCUUGAACCUAGGGCCCCAUGGACCAUGGACCAUAGACUGUAACACUGACCACUAGGCCACGAACAGACUAGCUGUUCUGACUGGAAAUGUUUCAGAUGAGAAAGGUAUGGGCAUUUUUUGUGUGUAUGCAAGAUUUUCAUUGGCUCAUGUAGGUGAAGGAUUGGCUGGUGUCGGUAAAAUGUCCAAUGGGGAGACAUUUUGUUUGUGGGAUAGGCAGCAGGAAAAAUAAGAAUGAGAAGAAGAAGAAGAAAAUGCAAAAUUCCCGUUAGUUUGGGGCUUUAUUGCGUGGACAUGUGAAGUUAUUUAUGAAUUCUGUCUGUUGAAAUGGGGUCAGAAUGUGCAGAAUGUAAUGUUUUUAAGGGCUGAAUGUCUGUGGCUGUUGUGGUUAUUUCUGUGGGGAACCCUGAAAAGUGGCAAACUCUCUGCGCUGUAUAGGUAUGGGGCAUGCCGCCCUGCCAAGGCAUAAGUUGGCGGGAUGGCAUACCUGCCAUCCCAAAACCAUUACUGUCUUACAGUCGAGAGGUGUAAGUGCUUUUCAUGCUUCUUUUAUUUUAACCUGUGCGCAACUUAUUCUAUGGUUGUGUUUGGACUGAUGCAGUCUUCAACCUUGUGCUGUCCUUAAUGUGAUUGAAAACAAAUUUGUAAUAAAGUGCAGUAUGGCAAAUCAAAUAUUAAUUCUGGAUAUAGAUAUAUAACACACACGCAUGCCUGCACACACAUCCACACACGCACGCACACACACUCACUCACCAUAGACCGUUUAAAAUCAAAGGAGGCUUGGAAAAUGACUACAGACAUUUCAGAUUGGUUGUCGCAUUUCUUCUCUCAAAGUGCAUUUAUGUCCAGUCUCAGCCAAAAAUGUGUUUUCAUGUUUUGAUUCGGAGGACUUCAUUUUCAAACUGUUUUCUGGAAUUCCGGAGAAAGAGGCUGACUGUGGAAAAACUUUUGAGAUGCCCACUGGUUUCAUUUGCCACACCAAGAGUCUGGUGGUUUUGAGUCUUAACGUGGUGUGAUUUUCUCAUUUGCUGCCUUGCUAGUUUAUUCACAUCAAUCCUGAAUCCAUGUGAACCCAGGGGUAAUUUCUCUUUUUUUUUUUGCUAAGGUUUGAUCUGAGCCUGUCAGGAACCUCAAUAAUAUCCCCAGCCCAGCAGCAGAG